AUGCAGGAGUUCUACAUUCCCCCACACCAACCCCGAUUUCCCGUGGGAGUGAAUCCCACGUUUCCCCACCCUACCACCCUCCCGAAAUUCACUGUAAGAGCUGAAGAGUUCACUGGGUUUGCAUCCGAUGAUGACGUCCUGACCAGUCCACUGCGACUAGCCCUCCGCUCUCAGAAAAAUCGCCAGAAUAAGGAACACGUCGCACGCAAAGACCCACAGCUUUUGCCCCCUUCACUACCUUCUGUCUCUCCGCCUCCACCACCAGCCCCUCUCCAUCCCCAGGGAAUACAGGAUGGGGCCCAAUCCCAGCUUCCCAGGCGAGGCCCGCCGCUGGCUGGGAGCGCACCCAGCCCUCGUGGUCCUGGUAGACCGUCUCACCGCAAGGUCGUGCCCAGGCCCCCUAGGGCAGAGGCUGGGGCAGCACCAAAGCGCCACGGGCCGGGCCUCUCGCUCCUGCUCAAGCACCAGGCCAACACCAAGAAGCGGCAGAAAGCCAAGUGCCCCCUUGCGCUGAAACUGGGCCAGACUGCGCGGCGGAGGAAGGGCCCAGGGCUUCCCCGUAGGAGCCUGCGCCUCCAGGGUCCCAGGGGCAGGGGCCAGGCGCUGGCGGGGAGAGGCAAGGGGAGGAGGGUGCCUAGGCAAAGGGGGAGGCCGGCGGCACAGAGCCACCACCCUGGGCGCGGGAGACCGCCACUAACUGCAGCACAGAGGCGCCCUGCCGCUGCUCCUCCUGCCCCUCCCUCCGCUCCCCCAGCCCCUCCCCAAGCCUGUGCCGCAGCCCCCCCACGCCAGGCCAAGUCCAAGUACCUGAAGAAUAUCCGCCAGUUCAUCAUGCCCGUGGUAAGUGCCCGCUCCUCCCGCCUCAUCAGGACCCCCAGGCGCUUUGUGGACGACGAGGGCGGGGCUGAGAGGGGAGGGUGCUCUCGGGCCGCGCUGGCCCCCGAACCCUGCCCCCCUCCCUCGGGCCGGGGCCCGGGGCGUCCCCGGCGCAACCCCGCAGCCCCCACCCCAUGCCGCCCCCCUCCGUCGGCACAUCCGGCAGACCCACAGCCCGGGAGCUCCUCGUCCCCUCCGCUCCCUGCCCCCCAGCUCUCGGCCCUCCCUCCCAGCGGCCACCGGUCUCUUCUGCGCCAGCCCACCUUCACCUGGGGCGCCGCCCCUGACCAGCCCGAGACACCGCGGGGGGUCCUCGGGAGUCUCCACCUCUCCCCUGUCAGCCCCAGCACUGCGCUGCUACACCCCUACUCCUGCCGCGCCCCUGACCCAGCUUCAGAGGAUGUGCCUGCCCCCGAACCACGCACCCCGGAGCCGCCUCCCUCGCCCCCCGCCCACUCCAUGAGGACCCGCAGCUGGCGUCCUGAGCCAGGCUUAACACACCCCCAGCCCCCUCCCCCUUCCCCUCCACCACCCUCUGGACCCCCAGAGACAGAGCCUCAUCUCUCCCCCCAGGGAGUGUCGGAUGUGCCGUCUCCAAGCUCCUCACCUCAACCCCCGCCCAGCUCGUCACCCCUCCCGGGGGUUCAGGAGCAUGGGGACAGCGCACCCCCUCAGUCUCCCGAAGGCCGAGAGGGGGAGCAGCGGGAGGCGGGAGGGGUUUUGGAGGGGCCGACUGAACGCUCACGAGACAGGGAGACCCAGACAGAUGGUGGUCCAAAGGCAGAGAGUGUUGGGGAUGUGAGUCCGGGAGGGGAGCAGGAGGAGGGUUCCGUAACCCCCCCGUUGGAGCUAAGCAAGGAGAUGGAGCUGGAGAGGACCCAGAACCUGGCCAAUCACUCGCUUUGUAUGUCCGCCAUGGACAAACGCAUGGUCAACCUCCUGAAAGCUGCCAAGGUCCAGCUCAUCAAAAUCGACCAGCAGAAACACUGGAAGUCACAGCAGCAGCUCACUUUGCAAACUGGCCGAGAUUUGAAGGUUCCUGUGAAAGAGGAGGAGCUGGUGAUGGACAAAUCUGAUACUGACAGCGAUCAGGAGGAUGUCGAUGCCAUGAAACAUAAACUUGGUACCGAUUCUCCACCACUGGAUGAGAAGAGACCCAGAGUGGAGCAGGCACAGACCACUCCGGGCCCACGGAUCAAGCAUGUGUGUCGGCGUGCGGCUGUGGCAUUGGGUAAACCGCGGGCAAUGGUUCCUGUCGAUAUCCCGCGGCUCAGUGCCCUGCCCAUGCAUGAACGAGGCAGCAUCAUGGCUACGCCAGUGGAUGCGGACACCUCGUCCUCCGAGCCUGAGAGCCCGGUGCCCGUGCUGCCCACCAUGAAGACUGAAAGGGAGGCGGAGGAGGUGCCCGAGGCGACUGAGGCUCUGCUGCCGACUCCGGUGGAGGAAGAGGCCAAGCCGCCCCUGGCCAUUGGCCAGCCCAAACGCCGUGGGAACCGGUGUGGCAGCUGCAAGGGGUGCCGUAACCUUGCUGACUGUGGCAAGUGUGUCAACUGCCUGGACAAGCCCAAGUUUGGCGGCCGCAACACCAAGAAGCAGUGCUGCGUAUGGCGGAAAUGUGACAAAAUAGAGCGAAAACGGCAGGAACGCCUCGCUAAUGUACGCAAGAGGAGCCGGAUCACACUCCUGCCUGCCAUAGAUACCCGGCCGGUGAUGGGUAAGGAUGAUGAGGAAUGGCUGCCGGAUAGCCAGGGCUACGCUGCGUACGAGUACAUGCUGGAGGCAGCGGUGGAGGAGGUGCAGGUGAAGAACGGCGAAGCCUCCCUGGCCCCCGUGGAGAGCCUGGGAGCUGACACCCAGCUCCAGCGCAAGUCGAUCCGCCGCACGGCCCGGCAGUGGUCCUACUAUGCCCUGUUCGAGGAGUCCGACAUCUCUGACUCAGAGAAUGACCUCCAGUCUCUUAUGGGUGACCAGGGACGAUUAAAACCCUUGCAGCUAAAAUCCAGGAAAAGCAAAGAGAAGGAGAAACCCGUUCUGCUGAGCAAACAGGAGCAGCUGGCGCUCAGUCCCCUGAGCCCAUUCAGCAACAACGGCAGUGGGCGGCAGAAGGGGCUGUCUGAUGGCGUGCACCGAAUACGAGUGGACUUCAAGGAGGACUGCAGCAUUGAAAAUGUCUGGCUGAUGGGUGGCCUCAGUGUGCUGUCGUCUGUUCCCAUCCUGCCCCGCGUUCUUUGCCUGCUGUGCGCGAGCCAGGGGCACCACGAGAUGGUAUACUGCCAGGUCUGCUGCGAGCCAUUCCACAGUUUCUGCCUGGAGGAGAGGGAGAGGCCGAGUGCUGAGCAGAAGGAGACCUGGUGCUGCCGUCGCUGCAAGUUCUGCCACGUCUGUGGCCGUAAGAGCAAAACAUCGAAGCACCUGCUGGACUGUGACAAAUGUCGCGCCACGUACCACGCUGCCUGUCUAGGACCCAGCUACCCUAACAGGCCGAGUAAGAAAAGGCAGACCUGGGUCUGUCCAAAGUGUGUUCGCUGUAAAAGCUGUGGAGCCACCACCCCAGGGAGGAGCUACGCUGAGUGGUCGUAUGACUUCACCCUGUGUAAUGACUGCGCCAACCUCUUUGAGAAAGGGAAUUAUUGUCCCAUUUGUACGAAAUGCUACGAAGAUAACGACUAUGAGAGUAAGAUGAUGCAGUGUUCCAAAUGCGACCACUGGGUUCAUGCCAAAUGUGAAGGUAUUUCCGAUGAGAUGUACGAGAUCCUAUCCAACCUGCCCGACAACAUUGUAUAUACGUGCCUGCCUUGUAUGGAGGGUAAGCCUGCAGAGUGGCAGGAGGUGGUUACCAGUGAGCUGCUGUCGGGCAUCAAGCAGGUGGUGACAGGACUGGUGACCUCCAGGCUGACCGCACACCUGCUGAAGCAAAAGGAGUGCGGAGAUGACGUCUCAGAUGUUUUUGACAUGGGGGCCCCCUGUGACCUGGACGCUGUGAGGACCAAAUUUGAAGAUGGUGGUUAUUCUUCUGUGUUGGAAUUUUCUGACGAUGUGGCGCGAAUAAUUCAGAGCAGCAUCAAUGAAGAGCUUGAAUUCCCGGAUACCAGGAAAGCUAACUUAUCAGCGAAGGCCUAUUUCAUCAAGUUGGAAUUUUCUGACGAUGUGGCGCGAAUAAUUCAGAGCAGCAUCAAUGAAGAGCUUGAAUUCCCGGAUACCAGGAAAGCUAACUUAUCAGCGAAGGCCUAUUUCAUCAAGCAAAUGGAUCGAAUCUUCCCCUGGUUCAAGGUUGAAGACUCCAAAUAUUGGCAGGAAUCCUCGGGCUUACCCAAUGGCCUACACCCAAACGCUGUUGUUCCUCCGUCCCUCGACCACAUCUACGCUCAGUGGCGGGAACAGAGUGAUGCCCCUCACCCACCUGGUGCCCAGCAGAAGACCGGGCAGGACCAGGUGCUGAGUAAGGAGGGUGGCAGGACAGAGCAGCAGCCUGCAGGAGGAGAUGGAGCAAAGGGCCAGACCAGUAACUCAGGCAGUGGCAUCGAAAUGGACACUGAAGAUGGCCGGCAGUGUGCUCUGUGCCUGAAGAAUGGAGACGAUAAACUCAAUGAUGCUGGGCGCCUCUUGUACAUUGGCCAGAACGAGUGGACACACGUCAACUGUGCCUUGUGGUCAGCCGAGGUCUUUGAGGAGGGCGAUGGGUCUCUGAAGAACGUGCACAUGGCAGUGGGCCGAGGGAAACUAAUGCGGUGUGAGUACUGCCAGAAGCCUGGGGCGACAGUCGGCUGUUGCUUGUCUUCCUGUCAGAGCAACUACCACUUCAUGUGUGCACGUGCCUGCAAUUGUGUCUUCGAGGAGGACAAGAAAGUGUAUUGUCAGCGGCACAAGGACUUAGUGGAAGGCAAGACUGUUCUCGAAGAUGGCUUCGAGGUAAUGCGAAGAACAUUUGUCGAUUUCGAAGGCAUCACCUUGCGUCGGAAGUUUCUCACAGGACUGGAACCUGAAAACGUCAACAUGAUGAUUGGAUCCAUGACCAUCGAUAGCUUAGGAAUUCUCACAGAGUUGUCAGAAUGUGAGGGACAUAUCUAUCCUGUGGGUUAUCAGUGUUCCCGGGUGUACUGGAGCACGGUUGAUGCAAGGCGGAAGUGUGUCUAUCGAUGUAAGAUCAUGGAAUACCACCCACCUGCCUCAGAGACAGAUCUCAACAGCCUGGAUGAUGGGGCAAAUCACACUAUUGUUCACAGCCCUAGCACGACAGAGGUGAACGAUGCCACGGAGCCCACCGCAACAGGGCAGGAGGACCACUCGCAUUUGCCCGAGCGCCUCCAGGGCAUGACAGGGCAGAAACCUGGGCCCCUGCCCCCUCCCCGCACGCUCCCUUCCAGCCGCAUCAAGGCACCGAGUUACCCCACUAGCUGCCGAUGGUCGUCAGGCGGAUCGCGACCUCUGCCCUCCCCCGGGAGCCCAGCAUCUGUCUCUCAUCACAUCCUGACCGUUAGCGACCCGACCAUCUCUCCCAGCCGCCGUUCCGUGGUACCGAGGCGUCACAGCCUGAUAUCCCACCAUGUGGUGCCGCGGGGAAUGGUCACGUCCCCGCCCCGGCCAGCCCGCAACCCGGCCCCCAUUCCUGCCCCCCUCACCCAGCGGGAUGCUCCGGAGCGGAAAUCCGAGGGUCCUUGCGUCCGCUCGCGAGCCCCUCGCCCCGGGGCAGCGCAGCGUAAUGGGCUGGAGAGGGAACCCCGGAGGGAGCAGCAGGAGGGGUCCUGCUCCAAGCGGGCACGUGCUCCUGGGGGCCAGCAACAGAACAGCCCUCUCGGCCCCAAGCUGGUGGAGACCUACGGGCAGCUUGGGACGCGGAGGGCAGAAGCGUCUGGGGAGGAGGAGGAGGAGGAUGAAGAAGAGGUGAAGAGGGCACUCGAGCUGCCGUGCCCCCUCAGCGCGGCCGAGCUGCUGGCCCCUGAGGGGGUCUUCGAAGGGGCCGGGAGCGAGGGCGCCCCCUCCCUGCUGGGCGAUGGGGAGCACCCCUUCGACGCCAUCGACCUGGACAUUGUGUCGGUGCUGAGCUCCCCCAACCUGUUGGGCUGCGGGUCUCAGGGGGACGUGCCCAUCGCCGGGCCACCCCCGGAGCAGAGCACCCAGUACGGGGCGCAGAUCGUGGUGGGGGCCCAGGGGGGUGAGAGGCAGCGUCGGGACGGCAGCGGCGGAGGGGGCGCGAGCGAGGAGGAUGAAGAGGAUGACGAUGACCUGGAUAACUACUACAAGUUUGCCCGCACGGUGGUGACUGAGGAUGUGAUGGAGCAGCUGGCAUCAGAGUGCUUUGGCCUGGACUCGGGAGAAGUGCCCACCAUUGACCAGCUGGACGGAGUGGAUGACUCAGACAGCGGGGGAGGAGGAGGAGGAGGAGGUGACAGCGGAGCGGGAGGUGAUGGCGGGCGGACCCCCCCUUCUCCUCCGCCCCCCCAGCCCCCUCCGGUACCGGCCGGGCGGCCCCAGCCAGCCCCCUCCCCUGACAAAGAGGCCGAGGAACCGGGCAACAUCCUGCCGUCGGAGAUCAUGGACUUUGUGCUGAAGAACACCAGCUCGCCCCCGCCCCUCCCUGCGCCGCCGGCCGAUGACCCCCACUUCCCCGAGCCUCCCCGCAUCCAGAGGGCGUGCGGGGGCCUGUGCGCAGAGACCCAUCCCGCCGUCGGCGGAGGGGUGGUGCUGCUCAACAACGGGGGGCGGCACGUGGUCAUCCUGAAGGGGGCGGAGGAGCGGGGCUCGGGGGGUGACGCGGGACCGGCUCCCACCUCCGACCCAUCUCCCAGGCCCCCCGAGCCCGAGGCGUCUUAUGUCAACCCCCAGCCCCGAGCCGGGUACGGGGCGGUGCUGCUCGGAGCCCCGGGUCCCGUCGCCCUCCUCCAACCUCCCCAGGCGCCCCUCCCCUCACCUCCGCCGCCCUCUCCGCUGCCUGUCCUCAACCUGGUGCUGGGCCAUCAUGAGCCCCCUGUUACCUGCCUGGUGCCUGUGCCUCAGGGCGUGUUGGGGUCCCCUCCCCUCCCUCAGUCGGUGCUGCCUACCUCCGGGGUCAGGCUCCCUGCUGCUCCCCCCUCUGGGGCUCGCUUGGGGUCGCCGGACCACAAAUCUGCAAAGCACCCGGGCCCACCGCCGGCCUCCGAGCUCAUCCUCACCAAGAAACAGAAAACCUCCCAUGUCUGGAUCAAUCAGCUCGGAGUGGAGCGUAAAGUCCUCGAGGAUCUGCCCAAAAUCCAGCCUCCUGCCUCCUUAGGAAAUGGACGGGUCAGAAUAAAAACACCAACUAUUAAAGCCACUUUGAACCUGGAUCGGACUGGCGGCUUGAAGUCAGACAACAUUAAGACAGAACAGAUCAAGGACCCCUCAUCCAAUGUGAUUGGCAUGGCAACGUCAGACUCUACUAUUCGCCAUAGCAACCGCUGUAGCCCGCUCAGAGAAUGGAAGCGCUGUUCAGCCGAGCUGAGCUCAGAUGAUGACUCAGUGCCCUCACCAGGCCAUGAGGGGCUGGACGACGAGGACGAGGAGGAUGAGGAGGAAGAUGAAGAAGAGGAUGAGGAUGAUGAGGAGGAGGAGGAAAAAGAUGAGAAGGACAAGGAAAACUGGAAGGGGUCAGAGACACGGAAAAAGAGUGGGCCACACUUGCGGUUUGAAAUCACAAGUGACGAUGGGUUCAAUGUGUGCGCGGACAGCAUCGAUGUGGCGUGGAAAGCAGUCUUGGAUAAAGUGCUGGAAGCUCGAGCGAAUGCCCGUCUCAAACACAUCUCAUUUGCAGGUAUGACAGGCCCCCGCUGUCUCGGUCUCACACACGACGCUGUCCUGUUCCUUGUCGAGCAGCUGGCUGGGGCCCGCAACUGCAAGAAGUAUAAAUUCCGUUUUCACAAGCACGCCGAUGUGGACGAGCUCCCGAUCAAUCCCCACGGCUGUGUCCGGGCCGAGGUUGGCACCAGGAAAUCCACUUUUGACAUGUUCAAUUUCCUUGCAUCACGGCACCGGAAGCUUCCUGAGUACGGAUUUGUUGAUGAGGAGGAAGAUGAGGUGCAUCUAAAAUCAGCCAGGCGAGCGACCAGCAUGGACCUUCCGAUGGCCAUGAGGUUCCGACACCUGAAGAAGACCUCGAAAGAAGCUGUGGGUGUUUAUAGGUCUGCUAUUCACGGCCGGGGACUGUUCUGUAAGAGAAACAUCGAUGCCGGGGAGAUGGUGAUAGAAUAUUCUGGAAUCGUCAUUCGAUCUGUUUUAACUGACAAGAGAGAGAAAUAUUACGACAGUAAGGGGAUUGGCUGCUACAUGUUCCGAAUCGAUGAUUUUGAGGUGGUGGACGCUACAAUGCAUGGGAACGCUGCCCGUUUCAUUAACCACUCAUGUGAGCCCAACUGUUACUCGCGGGUGAUUAACGUGGAGGGUCAGAAACACAUUGUCAUCUUCGCCAUGCGCAAGAUCUACUGCGGUGAGGAACUCACUUACGACUACAAAUUCCCCAUCGAGGACGCCAGCAACAAGCUACCGUGCAACUGCGGGGCCAAGAAAUGUCGUCGCUUUCUCAACUAACCUGGGCUGGGGAGGGGCGGGGAGGUCACUGACUGACUGACUGGCCCAGUGGCAUCAGCAGAGGGUCCAGGUUUAUGGCCGAGACUGGAGGUACCGUCCCUCCCUCCCUCCCCUCCCCCGCUUCCCCCUCCUCUCCCCCGU